AUGAAUCCUGUGUUGCUAUUGGUGGUUGCAGUGACGGUGGGCGGGGCCAGAGCUACGCUCAGUCGCUGUUGGGAGCGCAUGAGCUGCCAGGAGCUCAUCUCUGAGAGCAGCAUGACGGAGUGUUUCCAGGUCUGUGGACUUGACCCUCAUGAGAUGACCACCAUUCUUAGCAGUCUUCACCUUCAGCAUCCUCCUUCAUCCAUCUUUCUUUCUCCUUCACCAUCUUCCUCCUCCUCUCAAGCCAAACAUUCCUACUCCAUGGAGCAUUUCCGUUGGGGGAAGCCUCUUGGGAGAAAGCGUCAUCCAGCGAAAAUCCCUGCAGGCAAAAAGGUAGAUGGGGACUCAGCUGAGAUUUUCCCUGGAGAGCUUAGGUGGUGGGAGCUUUCCAGGGAAAAAAUGACAGCUGAGGAUGAGGAGAGACAAGAGGAAGCAGAGGAGGUCUCCAAUGAGCAGCAUGAUAAAAAAGACAUCCCAUACAAGAUGAAGCACUUCCGCUGGAGCGGCCCUGUGGCAGGCAAACGGUACGGGGGCUUCAUGAAGAGCUGGCAGGAGCACAGCAAGAGGCCGCUCAUCACACUCUUCAGAAACGUCAUCAACAAAGAAGGAGAGGAGGAGAAGAGAGCAAAGUGAGGAAGAAGGGAGGGAAUGGAAGUAAACCAGAUGGGAAAAUGAUCAAAAUACAGAAUAUUAAGUUUAUAUUGCAACUAAAUAUGUAAUACUUACUUUAUAGUCUCUUGUAAAGAAAGAAAAAUAUUAUUUAACCACGUUCAUAGUUUGUUUUGUGUAUGUCACAAAAUACAGAUUGCUGAU